AUGGGAUCUGCUACAUCUACGACAGCUCUGCAACUAGCCCAAAUACCUAUAGCUCUACUGACAUAUCUGGGACUCGAUGGAGUAUCAUGGCCAGAACAAGCCGUUCUGAAAAAUAAUACUUCAUACGACUAUAUAGUUAUCGGUGCUGGUAGUGCAGGGUCUGUAGUAGCAACGAGAUUAGCAGAAGAUCAACAGAAUAGUGUGCUAGUUUUAGAAGCCGGGGGUGAUCCACCUAUCAUCGCGCUUUUGGCGGGAUUGUUCGUAGCAUUACCUCACUCAAUUGCUGACUACAAUUAUACUUCUACCAUCGACCCUUAUGCAGCUAGAGGCCAAGACAACUAUACUAUGUUGACGGCAGGGAAGACUCUUGGAGGUUCUGACACUAUCAACCAUUUUUUACAUAUUCGAGGUUCGCCAUCGGACUUCGAUGGUUGGGCUGAAAUAUCUGGGGAUGAUUCUUGGAAAUAUACCAACAUUUUAAAAUACUUUAUAAAAAGUGAAAGGGUCGACGACAAAGAAAUACUAAAAGAACAUCCUGAUUAUCACGGCACGACCGGACCUAUGGGCCUCACCAGACAAGAAGUAGAUUAUGAUGAACUCGAAGAUUACCCAAAAGCUUUUGGUGAGGCUGGAGCACUCGUUCGUUUAAGGAGUCCUGAAAUCACCAUGAACUAUUUCUCAGACCAAGAAGAUUUAGAAGAUAUGUUAAAGUAUGUAAAAGAUUUUAUCAGAAUUGGGGAAACGGAUACUUUUAAAAAUAUGAAAGCAGAAAUUGUUGGUUUAGAUUUGCCGGAAUGUGCAGACAAGGAAAGAGGGUCAGAUGAGUUCUGGAAAUGUUAUAUUCUUAAUAGAGCCAUAAGUGUUUUCCAUUCCUCAUGCACUUGUCCUAUGGGAACUGUUGUUGAUGGUGAACUGAAACUUAAAGGAUUUGAAAAUAUCAGAAUAGUAGAUGCUAGUGUUAUGCCUAAGGUCCCUAAGAGCGCUCCAAAUGCAGCAAUUAUAAUGUUGGCCGAAAAAGCGGCAGAUAUGAUAAAAAGUAAGUUGUAA